AUGAAAUUCUUUUACAUUUGCUUAACAGCUUGCUUAAAACUUGUUCAAAGAUGUGAUUCUGCAGACAUCAUUGACUUUAUACUCCAAGAUAUUGAGAGCAAGAUGGAAGUCAUAAACAGCCACAAGGAAUUGUUGCCUUUAUAUCUUCUGUUGGGAAGACUGGUUCAAAAGUUCUCUGAGCUGUCAGACAAGUUCUUACAACAUUAUGAACAGUUAAUUACAAAGUUGUGUACAGGACUAUGUUGUCCAGAAGAAGAUGUUCAGUCUGCUAUUCUGUUCAUAAUGGUUUACAUCUUUGAAGGUCGUUGGGAAGACUUUUUAUCACCUAGGCAACUAACACAACUGUGUGAAGAUCUUGUGUGCAUGCUUAACUCUGCCAAAACACAGAUAUUAAUGAUGAAUUCUUUGGGUUUGCUUGCAAAAUUGCUGCUGAGUGAGAGAUGGACAAAUUUUAUAAUGACCUUGACUGUUGAUGGGACAACACUUCUAGCAGUACUGAAGAAGAUGGUAGCUUGUACUAUUGAAGUUGUACAACAACUGGCUAUACAAAUAUUGUCAUGCAUAAUACAAAGAGAUAACCAACAAGCUUACUCCUGCCAUAUUCUUCAGACAGAUCUCCUAGAAUUUCUAUUUGAGAGGCUAAAUACCAGAAAUACCCAGAACAUUGAACAUAUUCUAAAAUGUUUACUGCCACUUAGUCACAUGGAACAAUUCUAUUCUAGAAAUCAUUCAGUAUAUGGUAUAGAAGUUCUGUUGAAGACACUACAUACCUUGAAUACCAUGAACCAUUAUGUUCUCACAAAGAAGAUUAUAGAAAUCAUUGGCACCAUAUUUGACAGACAGCCAUCUAAGUCACCAUUGUUUGUAAAUAGUACCACUCUGAAGUUAUGUCUAGAUAUCAUUAUAAGUAUAGUUGAACAUAGUCACCCUGGUGUUUUUGCUGCAGCCUUGAAAAUGACAAAAGCCUUCUUGAGAAAAGAACAUAUGUUGAGACCUGUUCCAGUCUCAGAUUUGAAGACAAUUCUUCAGAAGAUGACAGGAAAGGUUCAGAUUUUUGUAUGUGAAACAGAACUAUUUGAGAAACAGAAAUCUAAAACCAGAGUCAGUGAUGUGAGCAGUUUGUAUUGUGAAGCAAUGUUAGCAGCAAGCAGAUUAGUUAUGGAUUGUAAGAGAGAUCCAUCAACAUGUAUGUCUGCCUUCCUGGCUCCUGAUGCUGUAGACAAUAAUGGAUCUACCAUAGAAAGUCUAGGAGAACUAGUAGUCACAAUACUGUCACAAAAUACUAUCUCUUUAGCUGUGAGUCUCCUUGACAAUAAAGACAGCCCAGACCAUUGUUGUUUACUUUUCCAGUUACUAAGCAGUUUACAACAAUUAGAUCAAAUAGAGCACAAAAACAUUGUAUCACAGUUAACUUGUGGAGGAUUGCUGUCUAAAGCUGUUAAUAUAAGAUGUUCUCUCAGGGAUUCACAUACAAACCUACAGCAUGUAGACCCCUGUCUAGUAACAUGGUGUCUGCUGUUGUACCAAGAGGAAAAUAAAGAUGAUCCCUGUCCUGGAGAAUUAGAAAUUAGCAUAGAUAACAUAUUUGUGAGACUUGAUGAAGUGGCCAACUACCUAACUCAUUCCUGUAUGAGUAAAGAUACUGUAUUCCUCUACAGUUUUCUACUCUAUCACUGCUACAAAAAUGAUGACUUAGUCCUACCCUGUGAUGAAUUGAUGUUUGUCCUUGACACAUUUUCUAAGGACUAUGACAAUGCAGCAGAGUUAUCUCCCUUCGUAAAGAAACAGUUUGUAUUUCUGUGGGCUAUGUUAACCUGUAUGACAGAAAAUGUUGUUGGUCUUCCUACUAAAGGAUUACAGACUGUUGUUAAGUUGAUAGACAGCUGUCCAUCAUCAGUUUGGUAUACACAUCACCCUGCUGUAUUGAACUGGUCAUUUAAAGAUUCUAGGAUAACAAAGAUCUGUGGUCAGAAUGUGCUAUCACACUGGUUAGAUGUUAUUUCCUUAAAAGAAGGUAACCAGCACGAUGUAGAUACUGAUAUAACUAUACUGUAUCACAUGUUUACAGAUGAGGUCUUCAUAUCUAUCCUUCUGGCUUGUAUAUCAAGAAUGAAUGGAAGAACUGCUAAGUUAGUGAUAGAAUUGUUUGAAAAUUAUGUUUUACAGAUGACAGACUCUGAUGAGAAGGGAGUUUUCCUAUUAACUCUAUCUGCAAUAACUGAGGACAAAAUUGUAGAGAUUUUCUUAAAUCCAGAGCAGAAACCAGAAGAUAUGAAUAUAGAAGUUUACAUACAGAUUCUGAUGAUGUGUAACAGUAGGAACACAGAGGAUAUUUCUAGUAGUUUUCUCAAGAUAUUGUAUCAUAUAACAUCCUGGCUGGAUGAUGACAAAGAAGAACCUACCAUUUUAUCUUGUCUACAGUUGUUGAGUGGUGCUAUGUCUUAUCAUCCUGUUAGAGUUGUCAACUUGAUGGUAAACAGUUAUAAGUUUAUUACAUUGGUUAACAGCUUACUAACUUGUGCUGUUGUUCAACUUCAGAAUGCAAGCUGGAACAUUUUAUCACUUAUUAUAUUGAAUACAAAAGGACUAAAUGAAAAGGUUGUAAUGACUGUAGAACUGACCAUUAAUCCUGUAGGAGAAUACGUCCAGAACAUAAAUACUGUCACACCUUAUUUACAGGUGUUGUCAGCACUGUUUCAGGUAGAUUUCACCUGUCCAAUAGUGUCCCUGAAAAAUACAGGCAGAUAUCCACCACAUAUGGCAUGUCCUUUCACCACCAAGGACUUUAAAGUACUCUUCAUUUACCUACAACAGCUUGUCCUUCAGGAUGUAAAUGAUGUGAAAUCUACUGCUGUACAGUGUAUAGAGGAUAUGUUUAGAUACCUUAAAAAGCAUUCAUCUAAAUUAGUUACAGAUCUGUUAAAAUGUUCGUGGAACAGCCUACUAUUGGAGGUUCUGAUCACUAUUACAGCCAGUGACCUUAGCUCUCUACAAACCACAUUACAGCUGAUUGAUGUGGUGUUGGAGUUGGAUCAAAAUGAAACAAUUUUUAAGAAGAACUCAAAUCUCCAUCAACAUUUAGUAGAUUUCAUCAAAUGUAUUGACAUAGAAGAUAUAACAAAUAAUGCCACACUCAGCAGAAUCAGAAACAAAAUAUUGUAAAUAAACAAGUUACAUGUUCACCAA